AAAAGAUUAGGAUGAACAAAAAAACGGCCUUUUUCUUUAAUUAAUUAAUUCAUUAAAUUACUCCCAUAAAGUUACAAUAUUUAAUUCCAGUCUGUCUUUGUUUUCUCUCGUAAUAAAUAAAUAUAAAAAUCUCCUUUCUCUCUUCUAUAAUUCUUUCAUUUCAUUUCAUUUCUCUCAUUUUAUCGUUCUCCCAGAAGCUCAGGAAGGAAGAUUUCUUUUCCCGAUCAACUGAUUCAAUCUUCAAAUUCUUGAAUCAAUCAAUCAAUCAGAACUUUUUAGAUUCAUCAGCUGAUCGGAUUACAGAGAAAAAUACACACAAGAAUCUUAAGAUAUGGCAGAAGAACAGAGAUGUCAAGCACAACCAGAAGGACAUAUACUAUGUGCAAACAAUUGUGGCUUCUUCGGGAGUCCGGCGACGUUAAAUCUUUGUUCUAAAUGUUACCGAGAUCACCGUCUCACCGAAGAACAAGCUUCGUCGGCGAAAUUCGCCGUUGAGAAAUCACUAGCAGGUCCAGCUACCAUCCCAUCUCCUUCAUCCUCUCCCGCAACAGCUACAACAAAAUUGUACUCUGAGCCGGCUUUAGUGCUACCUUCAUCAUCAUCGUCGCCGUCUUCAUCUGAAUUUAGAAAUCCUUCACCUGUUGUUGCCAAUCCGGUUGUAGCUUCACCGGCGGUUGCAGCGAAACCAAACAGAUGCUUAACAUGUAACAAAAGAGUUGGAUUGACGGGAUUCAAAUGCAAAUGUGGAAUUACAUUUUGUUCGACACACAGGUAUCCAGAACAACAUGGGUGCACAUUUGAUUACAAAGCUGUUGGAAGAGAUGCAAUCAUCAAAGCGAAUCCGAUCGUUAAAGCCGAGAAGCUCGAGAACAAGAUUUGAACAAGACAACAAAAAGCUGGAAAUUGGGUAUAUUUGAAUUUGAAUUGUUCUCUGUAUUUUAUUAAUCAGAAUGAUUUGAUUUUAUGAUUUGGUGGAUGACCGGAAUGAAAACGAUCCGUUGUCCGGUCGGGUAAAAAUUUGAGAGCAAUGAGAGGUAGUAUUUAUUAUCAGAGCCUGAGACUAAUGUGCAGUGCAGUGCAGUGCAGAUGUUGUUAAAAUCAUGUCUUCUGCCUUUAGAUUAGAUUAUGGAAUCAUGGUAUUGUCAAUGGCUAUGUAUAUGUAUCUCUCUAGCUCCUCCUCUGUACUGGUUUAUGUAAAACCACUUUCCUUUCUCUUCCUUUUUUAAUUAUCUCAUGUUGCUUGUGUAAAUUUCAUUUCCUUUGGGUUAUAGUUUCUUGGCUUCUGUUCAUUGAAUGCCAUAUAUUUUGGCAAAUUGAUAGGCUUCAGGGUUCAAUGCAA